ACGUUUCAUUUCUCUCACAUCACGAUUCAAUUCAAAUUUGUUGUGCUCGAGAGUAAAAAUGUCUGGAAGAGGAAAGGGAGGCAAGGGUUUGGGAAAGGGCGGAGCAAAACGCCACCGUAAGGUGCUUCGUGAUAACAUUCAGGGCAUCACCAAGCCUGCGAUCCGGCGUCUGGCUCGGAGAGGUGGAGUUAAACGCAUUAGCGGGCUCAUCUACGAAGAGACGCGUGGUGUCCUCAAGAUCUUUCUGGAGAAUGUCAUUCGCGAUGCUGUCACCUACACAGAGCACGCUCGCCGGAAAACUGUCACUGCAAUGGACGUUGUCUAUGCGCUGAAGAGGCAAGGCCGAACAUUGUACGGCUUUGGGGGUUAAGCCGUUGACAUGCGUUCGGUUUCUUAGAUUACUUUUGGGAAAUUAGGGUUUCAUGUAAAUGUUGGUUAAAUUGGAGUAUGGGUGUUCCUUCUGGGGUAACUGAAUGUAGUGAGCUUCAUCUUGGAUCUUCAAAAUUUUAAAGUUGAAAUUUCUAUUUUGUUUAAUAUAAUUAGUUUCUUUGGUUCCAUGUCCAAUAACUAUUAUGGAGAAUUUGAAGUUGAUUAAUAAUC